AUGAGUAUCUACGCAUCGCAAUUUGGCGGAAUGGAUCAAGGAAGCCCUUCGCAGUGGACUAGGAGAACGCCCAACCAUGGCAGGAAGAGAGGUACGGCGUGUGAGCGUUGCAACCGGCGGAGAACAAAGUGUGAUGGAUCUGUCAUUGGUGUGCCAUGCUCAGCUUGCAAGAAGAGUGGCCAUCAUGAGCAGUGUGCACUCAUCCAAUCUAAGCGCCGAAGAGGCCCCGAUGGGAGAUACACGCUAUUGCCAGAAGUGGAAUCUCACCGCAGCUCCGAUAGCCUCAGCUUUGCCCCGAACGACGAGGAUUCCAUGGGAUUGAUCACUGGAGCAUCACCGACAGAGGAAGAACUACAUAACAGUAAUUCAAUGCAGCCGUCGAGUGAGUCGGCCACCGCAAGGCUUUCGUCUGAGCAGCAUGCAAGUCCCAAUGCACAACCAAGCGUUGUCGGAGAAAGCUGGUAUGCCUCAUAUGUCAUGAGAGGUUACACGCCCGGCCACAACAGUGUUCACCGACCAAUCAAAGAGUGUAACGAGACAGUUCAGAGUGUUACCCGUGAUACGAGGAGAGAGAGCGUCUGCAGCCGGCCGUCCUUGCCCCGUGAGAAGACAACCCUGUCGGAUCUCCCAUCACCAGACUUAGUAGACCGUCUCAUCAAGGUCUACUUUGACAGAUUUCACGCGUUUUGUCCGAUACUUGGUAGAAAAUACUUCCUUUCCUCCCUUUCUGACGGAACCAUGUCAGGUACCCUUCUCCAAAGUGUCCUUUUUGUUGCAUCGCUACACUGUGGUGCAGAAGUACUACAUCUCAUGGGUUACAGCACUCGAUGGGAUGCCAACAAUGCUCUGUACAACAAGGCCAGCACAGCAUUCGACGCGGAUCGAGAUUCGAGUCGCAUCCAUAUGAUACUGUCGUCGUACCUGCUUCACUACUGGUUCGGAAGUCCGACGGCUUAUCGAGACUGUCAUUGGUGGCUCGCUGCUGCAAUACGAUCCGCGCAGUGUACAGGUUAUCAUAGGAGCACUAGGAAUAGUAAGAUGUCACAUGAAGAAAGGUCGCGAUGGAAGCGCAUCUGGUGGUGUCUUUAUGUCCGUGAUCGCCAGAUCGCCAUCUCCACCGGGACACCGAUGGUGAUCAACGACCAAGAUCAUGAUGUCGAAGGACUUGUCGAGCAAGACUUUGCGGAGGAAGCUCCAGAGACUGUGCAGUAUAUCAUAUCCCAGGUCAAGCUGAGUAAAGCUAUGGCUCGACUGUACUUCUCCCACUGCUCGCCUUCCCGUCUGUCUCUCUGUAAAGAAGCUCAUGUCCUCGAUGAAGCCAUGAGAGAUAUCCAGUCAGAAUUACAAGCCUGGUAUGACUCUUCUGAGGGCUUGAACUUCUCCAACGGCCAUCAUCAUCUAAGUCUGACACUGAAGGUUUGCUAUCACGUGUCUGCUCUUUUCUCCGCUAUGAUGGCCUUGGCAGUAGAAGUAAAAAUCUCAGCGCCUAAAAGCGAUCAGAUAUUUGUAAAGAUCCGACCUGGAUUAUUGGCCCUCAAGCAGUUUGAGUCCGUCUAUAUACUCGCCAGAUGGAUCAAAAGUUUCUUCAUGAAUAUUCUGAACCGCCCAACGCCUUUCGAUGCGGUAGAAGCGCAUAGACCACCUCCGACCCUACAUGGUGAUGACACGACUGGCAGGGGUACUGGCUUAGAGAUGAUUAACGGCACCGAUGAGAUCCCGACGACGACUGCAUCAGCUGGCCAAGCCACGCAUGACACGACAAACUUUGAGGACUCCAAUUUCGGAUUUGACCAGGGUUCGGGAUCCGAGGCAGGCGGCUUUUGGCCGACGUACUUGGCAAACGGUGUCUUCUCGGGUGUUCAGUCAAGUGACGACAUGGAGUUCCCGCAUCCAGACUCGUUCCAGUAUCAAGCUAUGUACUUUCUAGCCGAUCUAGGCAUAGCGAGUACCGAACCUAUAGAUCAAUAA